UUGAGGGCCGCUCCGGCGGCUGCGAGGGGGCGGGCGGCGCCGGGCGGCCGAGGAGGAGCCGGAGCAUCCCCGGGCAGCGCAAGAGCCGGGCGGCGGGGCUCGAUGGGCUGCUCCCGCCGUCAUGGUCAUCGCCCUGAACGGCAGCCACCUCUACGGUAACCUCCGGCCCUUCGCGCUGGAGGAGCCGCGGGCGCUGGGCGGCGGGAGGAUGAUCGCCGGCUCGUGGCCCCCGCGCAGCCUGGCCAAGCUCGGCCCGGGCGGCACUCCCCCGCCGCUGCCCGCCGCCAGCCCCGCGCCCGGCAAUGACUCGCAAUGCGGGGAGCAGAUCCUCAGCUACGGCAACGUGGAGAAAGUUGUCAUCGGGGCCGUGCUCAGCCUCAUCACCCUGCUGACAGUCGCCGGCAACUGCCUGGUGGUCAUCUCCGUCUGCUUCGUGAAGAAGCUGCGGCAGCCCUCCAACUAUCUCAUCGUCUCGCUGGCCCUGGCCGACCUCUCGGUGGCCCUGGCCGUCAUGCCCUUCGUCAGCGUGACCGACCUCAUCGGCGGCGAGUGGAUCUUCGGGCGCCUUUUCUGCAACGUCUUCAUCGCCAUGGACGUCAUGUGCUGCACGGCCUCCAUCAUGACCCUCUGCGUGAUCAGCAUCGACAGGUACCUGGGAAUAACGAGGCCGCUCACAUAUCCUGUGAGGCAGAACGGGAAGUGUAUGGCCAAAAUGAUCCUGUGCGUAUGGCUCUUAUCUGCCUCUAUCACCAUACCCCCGCUCUUUGGUUGGGCCCAAAACGUGAACGAUGAAAAGGUCUGUUUGAUCAGCCAAGACUUCGGCUACACGAUUUACUCCACGGCAGUUGCAUUUUAUAUCCCAAUGUCAGUGAUGCUUUUCAUGUAUUAUCAGAUUUACAAGGCUGCCAAGAGGAGCGCUGCUAAACACAAGUUUGCUGGUUUUCCCCGGCUGGAAGAAAUGGAAGGGAUUUCUAUGAAUGGAGCCAUAAAACUGCACAAGGAAUCUGAAGAAUGUACUAAUUUUUCACGACUCCUGAAGAAUGACAAGAAAAACAUUUCCAUUUUUAAGAGAGAGCAGAAAGCUGCCACUACGCUUGGGAUUAUUGUCGGGGCUUUCACUGUGUGCUGGCUGCCUUUUUUCCUCCUCUCAACUGCCAGGCCCUUCAUCUGUGGUACAGCGUGCAGCUGCAUCCCACUGUGGGUCGAGAGAACCUUUUUAUGGUUGGGUUAUGCAAACUCCCUCAUUAACCCUUUUAUAUAUGCCUUCUUCAAUCGGGACCUGAGGACAACUUACCGCAACCUCCUGCAAUGCAGAUAUAGGAAUAUCAACCGGAAACUAUCGGCUGCAGGGAUGCAUGAGGCUCUGAAGCUUGCAGAAAAGCCAGAAUUUGUUCUGUAAGGUCACUUAUCUUUCGCUAUGAUCAUUUAUAGUUUUAUCACAUAAGCUUUUCCCCUCGGAUUGGAAAGAGGAGCAAUGAGAAGAAUCAGGCUUCUCAAGCACUGUGAAUCCGAUCACCAAGAAACUGGAGGGUGGCGUGGUUCUUUCCUGCACAGCCCACCAGUCCUAGGGAGCCUGGAGGAAUGAGACAGUGAUGUAAAGAAUUUGGGUACAAGGGAAAAGAUCGGAAGUGCUAGACAGUAGAAAGGGGAGGAUAAAAGGUAGGGCAAGAUUUUUAAGCUGCUAGUGAGGAAAGAGCAAAGUUGCUCAAACCAACCCAUUCCUUUGGUUCUUGGCCUUGAAAUUUUUGCUGUAAUAAAGACCAUGGUGAAAAGUUCAGUAUAAUUCAUUGCUUUCCACUUUGUUAAUAUUAAAAUAAAACAUUUAAGAUGAAGCUGAAUCAGAGAAGUUGUAUUGCUGAGAAAUACUGUUUAUUAAAAAAAUAUAUAUCUCCAUUAAACAUUAA